AUGCAUUUAUUAGGUGGUCUAACAAUAUUUGCUAUACUGGCUUUGAUUUUGGAUGCAUUUAAAAUCGGAUACUUUGCUGGCUACUCAGAAUGCAGCUCCCCAACAGAAGCAGUUUAUCCUGCUGCUCAUGCACUGCAUACACUAGCCCAGCUGUUUUUUGUUUGGUUUCAUGCGAGUGAUGUUAUUCAGUCAUUUAUGACAUUUGAGAGAUUUGGAUCAAUUCAUGCGGUGUGUACUAACUUGUUGCUAUGGGCCAAUGGAGUAUUAAUGGAGUCAGAACAUGAUUUGAGGGAAUAUAAGAGAAAGCUGGUAGUGACUGGCAUGGAAAAUAUGACAUUAGCUAACCCUGAGAUAGUGGCAAAUCGUUACACUCACUGUGAACAUUUGGUGAGAUUGAGGAAAGCAAUUGGUGAUGAAGAACCUUUGUGUAACUGCUCAACAGGUACUUGUUCACUUUUUUCUAGUGGAUCCUACUACCUUUAUCCUUUCUAUGUUGAAUAUCAUAUCUUCAUAUCCGCAAUGCUUUAUAUAAUGUGGAGGAACAUUGGAAAAGUGAAAAUGGACCACAAAGAACCAGUGAUUAAAAUGAACUUUCUGCAGUCGACAACCAGCCUUGUUGUAGGGUUGAUUACAUUGGCAGUCACUAUAAUUGUUGUUGCUACAUACAUAAGUGAGACCAGAGAUUAUAAAAACACAGUAGGACUGGCUGUGACAACAGUAUACUCAUUUAGUAUUGUCGUUAUGAUUAUAAUUUGUGUAGUUUCAUCUGCUGGACUGUUUAUUUACAGAAUUAAUGUGAAAUCCUCAGAUGAUUCAGAAGACAUUAACAAGAAACUGGAUGCCAGUCUGCUUGUGGCUUCUUCUUCGGGACCUUGGCUUUUAUCAUGGUGUUCAGUUUUAGCUCUUAUUAGCAUAAGUGGUGAUCAUCCUUUCUCUUGGCUCAAUCUUAUUUAUGCUAUAAUGUCUGCAGUUGAAAAAUACGUCCAGAAUUUAUUUCUCAUUGAGUCUGAAUAUCGCCAGCAUCACACAAUGGCAGAGAAAAAUGACAUCAGCAUAGACUCAGCAUCAAACAGAAAAAUGUCAACUGCACCACCAGAUCAGGAGAAAAGUGAACAGACUCUGGGGAGUUCCGCUGAAGAUUUGUCCGCUAAAUCUCUCGAUCAUUUGAAGAUUGUUGAUACUGAGAUGGAGAAUGUUAAUAAUCAGCAGUUUUCAACGCACAUUCCAGUUAAUGACAAUAAUAUCCCAGUGCCUAAUAAGAAGCCUAGGAAAGUGGACAUGCACAGGGCAAUCCUAAAGAAUAUCGCAAUGUAUUUAUUCUUUGCUAAUGUUUCGCUUUGGUUACUCCCAGCAUUUGGUUGUCGUCCAGAGUAUGAUGAUAACCUCGAAGAAAUGAUUUUCGGCUUUGAGAACUGGGUUACUAUAGUGAAUAUUGCCAUGCCUUUUAUCAUCUUUUAUCGCAUGCAUGCAGCUGUGCUACUGUUUGAAAUUUAUUUUCAUCUUUAAUUUGCCAACUUAAAACAUACAUUUACAAUCUUAACUUAUAUAACAUCUGCAUUCUAUGUGCAACAUUUGAUUAUUCUGCUCAUUGCUUUUGAAAAAUUUGCAUCAGUAAUGCUUUUUUAAAGUAAUGUUGAAAACAUGUUCUAGAAUAAUGCUUCAUACCAUUUGCUGAUAUAAUCAUAGUAAUUUAAUAUACACAUCGCAGUACUCAGAAAUGUUGACAAACUUAUCCUGAAUAAAUAAUGGUGGCAUUUGAAAAUUAAGAUUUUCAUAUGCAUGGUAUUAUCUAUUUUACGUUGCUGUCAUGAAAAUAACUGCACAAGUUAAAACGUUUUCAGCUCAGUAAGUGAUUCUUAAAUUUUUUGAAUAUAGUCAAAAUCAAAAUUUGUUUUCUUAUUGAUAAUGUUUCAACUUACCAAAGCUGGACAGCUUAUAAGUUAUAUAAGGACUGUGUUUAGUAUAGAUGUAGAAACCUGGAUAAAGCAAAUGAAGGACAUUCACAGGGCCAUCUGUGUAGCAUAUCUAUGCUGAUUAUGGUAUCCUGAAACAUAAACUAAUAUUGUAUACUGGUGUCAAAUUAUGGCAAUAAAGGGAAAGUUGCAGUAAAUUCUUAGGUAUAAUAUGCCAAAGUUUGCUCUUUACAGGACAUUUCUUCCUCAUUAUAACUAUGACAAGUUGUGUCCUACCACC